GACUCGCCACAUAAAUCACAAAGUAUUUCUUUUUCCACGCGUUUUUCACCCUCAUAGUAAUGUCAGUAACUAAAUUAAAGGCCGUUGGUGUGUGAUAGCGAAGAGGCGACUUGGCUACACGAGAAUGGUUGUUGAGUCGGCACACCGUCAAUCAGGUCAUCUGAAAAUGCAGCCAACGGGAAUGACGCCGAAGGAGUUGUCGGAGAAUGAUGAUUUGGCGACAUCCCUGGUCUUGGACCCCUUCCUCGGCUUCGUCACACACAAGAUGAACAUCAAGUACCGUCCACUGAAGGCCAAUCGUGAUGAGCUGAAGCGCAUCGUGGCGGACUUUAUCGAGACGAAGAACUACGAGAAAGCCUACGGGAGAAUCAUCAAGGGCGAGUGGAUUCCGCGUCAUGUGCACAACAAAAGCAAAUUGGCCCAGAAGAGACUUCAGGAGCAUAUUUAUCGCUACCUCCGUGUGUUCGCCAAGGAGUCCGGCUUCACGAUAGAGCCCUGCUACCGCUACUCGCUGGAGGGGCAGAAGGGCGCCAAGAUCUCGUCGACGCGCAAGUGGUACAAGAAUGAGAAGAUCGAGUACCUCGUGGGGUGUAUUGCGGAGCUGACGGAGGCCGAGGAGGCGAUGCUUCUGCAUCCUGGCAAGAAUGACUUCAGCGUGAUGUACAGCUGCCGAAAGAACUGCGCCCAGCUGUGGCUCGGCCCGGCGGCGUACAUCAAUCACGAUUGCCGGGCGAAUUGCAAGUUCGUGGCCACGGGCAGGGACACGGCGUGCGUGAAGGUGUUGCGGGACAUUGAGGUGGGCGAGGAGAUCACGUGCUUCUACGGCGAGGACUUCUUUGGCGACAACAACGGCUAUUGCGAGUGCGAGACGUGCGAGAGGCGCAGCAUGGGGGCGUUUGCCAAAGAGAAGACCACCGCCGAGGAGGUGUCGCCGGCGAGUGGCUAUCGCCUGCGUGAGACUGACAACCGUAUCAAUAGGAUCAAGAGCAAGAACACACCCAACGGCGGUGCCGCGGCGGACAAGGAGGCGCCGGCAAACGGGAAGAUCGUGACGCCGCUGACGCUGAGUGAGCUGCGGCAGAAGGGCAUGACGAAGUACGACGCGGAGAUGAUCAUGGCGCAGCAUCCGGGCGUGCUGCAGCAGCACGAAGAGGUGGCGGCGAAUGGGCACAACACGCGCCAGAACGGGCAGCACACGCGCAAGAGCACGCGCCUGCAGGAGACUGUGCGGCUGCCGGUGAAGAGCAAGUACAACACCAGGAAUGCGGCCGCGCACGCGGACGACGGCAGCGGCGGCUCGGUGGACGAAGAGGAGCGCCGCGGGAAGGCGCAUCCGGCGUGUCGCCUCAAUCUGUCGGGGCACUUCGAGGGCUUGGCGCCGAAGCGUCGCGGGCGCCCGGAGAAGGACACUGUGAUCAGUCUCCUCGAGGAGGAAGACGAGGAGGACACCAAUGUGAUACUGCGCAAGAGGAAAGUGUCCAAGAGCGUGAGCGAGACGGACAGCACGUCAUCGCUGGAGAACAAGGCGCCCCGCGGCGGUGGCGAGACGCCCACCGUGCUGAAGACGCCCGAGAGACGCCUCAAGCUGACGCUGCGCAUGAAGCGGAGCCCCAUUCUCGACGAGGUGAUCGAGUCGGGCACUAGCUUGAGCGAGGAGAGCCCCAAUGGGGCGUUCGUGGCGCCCGAGUACGAAGUGCUGCGCGUGGAAGGACUGAUGGACGACGAUGAGGAGGGCGACGAGGAGGGCGAAACCACAGGCGAGACGCACAGCGACUUCACGGACACGUCGCCGCCGCAGAAGCGCAAGAAGCGGCACAAAACGAAGCGGCGGCGCGACAAGCACCGACGCCACCAUCACACCUGCCCGCGUGGCCAGUCGCCGGCGGCGCCCACGACGUCACCGCCCAUGAAGCGGCUGCGGCUGAUCUUCGGCAAUGAAUCUCACACCAUCAACAUUCCGCCACCCGUGGACGCGCCGCCGCUCGCCGAGCCCACGUCGCCCAUCGCCACGGUGGUCAACUGACAGCGGCGGAUGCUCGGGGCGCGCCGCCCCAAGGCGCCCCCGCGCCAGUGAGUCAAACUGUUGGAAGGUUCUCUCUGACGACGAGACGAUUAUUAGGACACGCUGAAGUGUCCUAAAUGCAUUUAGGGCUUUUUUUUGUUCAGGACGAAAUAAUGAUUCGUUAUUGAGUGGGUAAAAAGAAGGAGAGAAGAUAGUUAAUUUUUAUUUAUCAUUUGGAAAGCGAAAGAAUGUGUAAAGAAAAAAUUUUUCAAGGGUUAUAACGAUUAUACACUUGAGGUUUGUGGAGAAAAAUUGUACAUCGUAUUAAUCACAAAUCCUCCUCAAUAUUGAGGAUAGUUAAAUCAUCUUCCGGGAAACUAAAGUUAAGUGUAUCGAAAUUAAGUGUGUAUAAUAGAGAUCUGCGGGCGUAGUUUUUCGAAGCAGUGAAUUUGCGAAAAUUCAUAGAAUUUUGAAGCUCUUUUACUAAUAAAAACUCAAGAUAAGAAAAUCUGUAAAUUAAAAAAAAAAUUGUAGAGAAAAAGUUCCUAAUUUCUCAAUAAUUCCCCAAUAUUAUUAGCUAAUUGCAAAAUUUUCGGCGGCGACACUGCCGAGAAAUGCCUCACGUGCGCAGAUCUCAGGUGUGUAACCCUUUAAAGUCUGUUUAUACUCCAGUAUUUAUGAGAUUAAAUUAUUAAGUCAAGAAUGAGUUGACGCAGCAACAUUUUCCCAACAGUUUGAACUCGCAGGCUUCGUGAAAUCUAGAGAUUAUUCGCUGUGGCGUUGCUGGAGCAAUGCCGAGGGCCGCACGGAAGGGCUUCCCGGACAAAGAGGCGCGCGCCCCCAUUGCGGGCGCUCUGAGAGCAUAAAGAACACAUAAUAGAGAAGGAGUUGAGCGAAAGAGUAAUUCAGAAAUAAUCCAUGAUUAGCUGUAAUAAUGGUAAUAUUAGAUAAUUCUAAUUAUGGAGAGGAAUAUUGAAUAUUUAAAAACUUGCGAAAAAUGAUGAAAAUUACUGUACUGCCAAUACAUUGUCGUGAAUAUUAAUUGUGAAGAUAGUGGAGAAGACGAGGAGAAACAACAAUUUAGAGGAGAGAAGGCUAAUUUUCACGUAAUUGUAGAAAUCUUCAUCCCUAAUUUUAUAUUAUAAACAGCGAGCGAGAGUUUUAAGUGUGAAAGUGGUUAAGAUUUAUUCACUGUAGGUAAAAAAAUGAUAAAGAAAAAAUUGUCAAAUUGUUUAUCGUCUCCCAUUUUUUAUUUUGUUUUCGGCAUAAAAUCAUCAGUAGUUGAAUUUUAGAUGAUAAGUUUUUGUAAAAGUAUAUAGAAAAAAAAUUACCACCCGAUUUUAUUCUCUGUUCUUCGUAAGUUUUUAUCAUGUUAAGAAAAAUAUUAUCUCUAAAAGUUCACUUUUUUUUGUAAUAACUUAGUUUAAUUUUUCACACAAACACACAGAGAAAGAAAAGCGCGGAAUUUUGCAUUGAAUUUUCCUUUCCGAUAAGUCACAUUUUCCCUAAAGUAGAGAGAAGAAGCUAAUGUAAAGCAUGUGUGAAUUUGAUGAUAAGACAGGAGGGAAAGUCAGGAAAUUGCGCGAUGAGCUACAAGAAUUUUAAAAAACAACUUUGCAAACAAAUGAUUUGUGAUAAAAAAUAAUGUAUAAUUACUGCAAUUUUAGGAAUUCAAUAAUGAGAAA